AUAAAGUGUAUAUUUUUUUUCUUCAAUUAUAUGUUAACCAUAUUUUUUGUGUUUAUUCUAGGCGGUGGCUGCACAUUCUCCCCCGAGUGGACGGGAAGCUGGUUCCAGUCCGGUUAUCCGGGUCUAAUAGGCAUCAACAGCACUCACAUACAGUCGAAGGGCGAGUGCUCAGAAACCGAAUCGACUGACAAGUUCCUGUUGUAUGACAAGACCUACGACUGCUACAGAUGUAUGGUUAUACACAAAAAGCACAAACACGUACUGCAGUAUAAAGAAACAUACUGCAGUCGAAAAGAUUCGUUAUCGUCGAUAUGUGAUCAGAUAAGCGGCGACGCGCCUCUAUACUCCAUGUUCAGGAAGGAACCGAGGCCCGAGCCGCAGCCCUGUCCGUUCCACCCGGCGCCCUUCACCUUUACUUAUAGCAGGGGUUCCGGAGACUGCGUCUACCCACCGUCUCGAGCAGAGGCCUGCACGGACGAUUCUAGACUACUGCUGAGGUACAUGGCCUGUCCCGACGUGCCUGGAACUGAGAGCAAUGUGGAAGAACUAGUUUGUUUGGCGACGUGGAAAGAGGGAUCCACGCGAUACCUCGUUGGCCAGAUCUCACAAGUGGGGAGGAUCAACACCAUCGCCUCCGAUGAGGAUACGUACAGAUGCUUCAUCUACAAGGGUCAACAUGGUGAUAAAAGCGCCUCCUACAUCAUCGCCCAGUCCGGUGACGCCACUUGUAAUGGCCUUUCCUCCCCUUCAGACGGGAGCCGGACUAUGAAACUGACCACAAGUGACGAUGAACACAAUCGCUGUCACUUCCCGAGCUGGAUAGUCGAUCACCACAAAUGGUUCAGCCUCGAUCACGUACACCAGUAUCAUUUUACAACAAAGAACGCCACGCUAAAGGUGAUGAACACGGACGGUACGUUCGAAGAGAAAAGACUUGUUUGUCACUCAAUACUGGAACAAAAGGAUAAGAAACACAUAACGCUGGUAGCGCACGUCACUAGAGGAUGUAUGUCAGGGCACGUUUGCUUGAAGUUCUGGAGGCGCGAAGGUGGUAUCCUGGAACUGCAGCAGGGCGGGGAACUGUGGGAAAGGCCCCAGGAUGCGUGCGCACAGAGCGGGGAACUGCCCUACGUCACGCUCACCACGACGUCCCUGACCCCGCAGCCGUGUCCCCUGGCCGGGCGCUACAGCGUGCAGACGCGUGCCCGGCGCCGCCGGGAUGACGAGCCGGCGGGCGGCGAGGCGUGCGCCAGCGCCGCGCCCGACAGCGCCAGCGUGGGCUGCGAGCGCAGCGGGGACACCAUCGAGCUCAAGUCCGCCUGCUCCUCCACCGCGUAUACGUGCUACGGCAGUUGGCGUGAAGGGCCCCGGGGAUUUGUUGUGGCGGCCCCUAGGGCAAGGGCCUCGGACGCGCCUAGAACGCUCUGCUUCGUGUAUACUGUCAGAAACGAGACGGGCGGCGGGGUGUCCGUGUUCCUGAGCGCCGGCCGCGCCUGCGACCGCGGCGGGGCCCAGCGACGCGACCGUGCCUACAACCUGACUAGCAACGGUACAUGUGAGCAGAGCAGCCAAUACAACAGCGCUGCUACCCGCUCCGUCCAGUACUACAGCUGGCUACCGCUGGUCGCGCUACUGCUGGCUACCCGGUGAUACGUACUGUAAGACCGCCUUACUGUCACUCGAAAAAUAUCCUUACAUACCUUCUGUCCCGAAAAAUUUUACCCUAAAACCUUUUACCCGAUUAGUUUUCACAUAUUUUCACAAAAAAAAAAUUGACUUGGACGAGAUUU